AAACUUUCUUUCCUGACCUCCUCUCUCUUCACCCACCUUCAGGAAACCAGACAGUCUUCAAGCUCCCAGAUCCAGAAUCAAUCUCCCAGCAGAAACACAUCAGAUCUCAGUGGAACAUGAAGAACCUGCAGCAAAGAGCCGAGAUUUAAAGAAGAAUCCAGUUUUAGACUCUGCAGAAAACUGGGGAGGAACCAAACGACACCAGAGCUUCCUCUUACCGUCUGCUGCAGAAGUUGGUGGUCAGCUGUCGGUCCGGUUCUGACCGUGGAUCAACACCACAUUUCACCCGUCUAAACAGAAGCAGAAAAUGAACAUGGCGACAUUUGAAGGCGACGAUCAGAUGGAAUAUGAAGAACCAGCAAAGAGUCGGGAUUUAAAGAAGAAUCCAGGAGGAAAAGUUUUCUGUCUGCUUCUCCUGAGCUUCGGACUUCUCUGCAUCCUCCAAUCUGCCCUCAACAUCUCACUGCGUCUGACUUCCUAUUGUUCCCUUUACCCUGAGGACUGUGACAAAAACCUGACCGGACGCCACAGCCAGGACUCUGGCCCUGACCCCGCCGGGGAACCCGACCAGAACCCGACUUCACAACCUGCUGGGGAGGCGCUGAAAGCCCAGAUCCAACAGGUGAAAGGGCUGUUAUGUGUUUCUGGCAGCAAGGCAGGACAACUGGACGUGGAUUUAAAAGCAUUGCCCAGUUCCUUCAAAGAACAGUUGGCUACAUUUUGUCCAAGCAUCUACUACUUUUCCUCUGCCAGGGAAACAUGGGGUAAAAGCAGAAAAGAUUGUCUGGAAAGAGGAGCAGACCUGGUGAUCAUCAACAGCAGAGAAGAGCAGAACUUCCUGAGUCGGUUCAAAGAGAGGCGUUGGAUCGGACUGACUGACACUGAAAAGGAGGGAGAAUGGAAAUGGGUCGACGGGACUCGACUGGACACCAGUUACUGGAGUCAAGGUGAGCCAAACAGUCAUGAAAAUAGAGAUGAAAACUGCGGCGAAAUCCGAUUUUUUGACGAGGAAAACAACUGGAAUGAUGUUCCCUGUGAAGUUCACAACUACUGGAUCUGUGAAAGAAAGUUGCAGGGAUGAAGAUGGAAAGCAGCAGGAAGGCUCCUGACCUCUGACCUCAGCAGGUAAAGGUCCACCAGGUGGCGCCAGUUGGAUGAUUCAUACUUUGGGUCAGAUCCCCACUGGGUCCAGAGCUGCAGCUCCUUGUUCUUCACGUCUGACUUCAGCUUUGCUUUGCUUUGAACUUUAUUUUCUCUUAAUCUUUCAAGUCAGAAUGAAAAAUAAACUUAUUUCAUCUCUCCUGA